AAUUAGCUAAUUUUAUACGACAUUUAAUGUGUAACAUCGGGAAUGUUUUUGUCACACAUCUUUAAACUGUUUAUAGUUGUUUUUAGUAUUACAGAAAUAAUAAUGGACUCUGCGCAUAUUAAUACAACUGUUGGGGAUAGCGUUAUACUUUAUUGCAAUAACACACCAGGGAACUCUUUUCUGCAAUGGCUGCGCUUGAAUCCAAGUAAGAAAGUGACAGAACAAAUAUACACGGACGGAUGGGCAGUAAAUUUAGAUAUACCACAUCACCAUAGAUUGAACAUAAGUAGUUUUCCUAAUAGCACCACGUAUGAUCUAAAAAUAGUAAAUGUGACAAAUAAUGAUUCAGGAGAAUACCGAUGUAUCACAUUUUCUGGAAACAUGGCGAUAUCAUUCGAUGUCAAGCUUAAUGUUCAAGAAGAGCGGAUACCACCAGGUAGCACUUUACCCAAUCAAUACGAAACCGAAACAAAAAGCAAACAUCCGAGAACCGAAAAUGGAGAGCAAUAUUUUGAUAAAACAACUGUUUUCAUUGAUUUUCACAAGAAUACAACCGAAAGCAUCACACAUUUGAAUGAAACCAAAUCUGACUCAGAUUUUCUGAGUAAUGGAAUAUAUUGGGUUGCCGGUAUGACUGGAAGUGGCAUCGUGGUCUUUUUUACAGUAUUUCUUUCUUAUAUCUACUUAAAGAAAUUGAAUGCUAUUUUGAAGAAAGCCAAUCAGGGGCAUACAAUGUCGAUAGAAUACAGAGAAGAACAAACAAACAACAUUGAAAAUGACAAUAUUGAAAUUUAUGAAACACGCGAACACGUUCGGGACAACACACAUGCAAGGUCAGUCACACGAAUAGGAAGACGUACAAUCAACAACGAGGUGUAUGAGAUUGUCCAACAGCACGAACCAUCUCCAAACAUACAGACAGAUCAUCUAACACAAGACGAUGAGAACAGGUCUUAUCAAACAGUAUCCGCUGACUGGUCGAAUGAUGAUCAUAUAUAUAAAGAACUUGCUGGUGGUCAAUGUUAA